UAAAGGCGAAAGUUGUAAAGUAGUCGAAGGAAUUGAUGUAUUUCGACAAUUUCAUUAGUUCUUUCAGAGUGCAGUUUAUUCCGGCACGACCCAGAAGCUCUAUCGCCUACUAUUUCGAACGGCUUUGCAAGAAACUGCACUCUGUGACAUUAUCAGAGUGAGUUUUUUGCAAUACCUCUUCGUCCUCGCGCUGUUCUUCUUUUUUGGCGAAUUUUGAAAUGGUGAAAGUCUGCACAGGGCGAUGGUAAAAAUCCAAUUGUUGUUGUACAUUGGAUUUUUAAUGCUAUCGUUGUUUGCGGACGAUCUUUCAACUCCUUGUCUCGUUUAGUCAUUGCACAAAGGUAGGUAAAUAUGGAGACAGAUUCAAUAGAGAUUGAGCCACAAGCUAAAAGACAGAAGACGGAAGACCAGGAGAAUAUAAAUGAAACGGAAUCCGAUUUCGCAAAUGACAAUUUAGAUUUCACAAAUAAAGUUGACAAUCCAGAUAAAUACACGAACUUUGUGACACCUGAAGAAUUGGAGCGGUUACAGGAAUAUAAAGUUUUGGAUGAAGUGAAAUCAAAUGAUGAAGAUAGCAAUGAUGAGGAUUCUGAAAGUUCUGAAGGCAAAGAAGAUCUUCCCGAUGAGGAAAUAGAGAAGAUGUUAGAAGAAGAUUUACCUGAUGGAUUCAAAAGGACGCCAAAACCGAAGGAAAAGCCGUAUGUAACGAGACAGAAGAUUGUUUUACAAGAAAAAGGAGUUAAUCAUUUUGAAGUGUUGCCUCUUGACUGGAUGAUGGUACGUCAUUAUAGCGGUAUGCCGAUUUACAUGCACCGCACAACUCGCGUCUGUACCCUGUCCAAGCCUUAUUUCUUAGGGAAGGGUAAUACUAGGAGACAUGACAUACCCAUUAGUGCUAUACCCUGCCUGUCAUACAGACGAGCUUUAGAAGAAGAACAAAAACAAAAAGACAUAGAUCAGAAGAUACAAGAACAAAUCAGAAGUGGUGCGUGGGCAACUAAUCCUAGUCAAACUAACUCUAGUACCAUUGACAAUCAAAAUAAUGACAAUAAUGAAAUUAAUGAAACAAUUGUGAAAAAAGAAACUCAACUCUUAGAUAUUGAUAAAGUUAAAAUAGAAAGAAAUGAUGACGAAUUUACUAUUAAUGGUAAUAAAAUAGAAGCGGUUGAAGUUGAAAUUAAAGGUAUUAAAGUCAGAAGUGAUGCAGAAUUAUUAGCUAGAGAUAUUAAACUUGAUGAAAAUAGUCAAGAUGACACAAUGAAUACAGAUAAUCAAUUAAGAUGUCCGUUUAAUGGGCAAAGUAAUAAUGAAACUUUGGAAAGUCAAGGUAAUGAAGAAAUACCACUGAGUAGACAACCUGUGGUAUUGCCCGGUGGCAUAGUGAUGCCUCCACCGAGGGUAGAAUCAGUUAAUUCCAGCUGGAAAACGCAACAUUUGACUCCGGAACAAAUUAAUGAUUAUUGUAAACGUCUUUUCAAAUUCAGAACUGUAAAUAUAAUGCAUUUCAAUCGAUGGGCGGAUCGCCGUAAGUACACAAAAGCAAGAAAGACGCUGCAAUAUCCUACAUUACCUGAGGGAACUAAGCUCAUUACAAUACCCGCACAGAAUACAGGGACGGAGAAUGGUAACAAGACGGCGAAACGCGACUGGGUGAUGAACAUGAACGGGCGCUGUUACCUGUCCGUCUUCCACGAGUACGUGUAUCGAGCGCUGCAGAAACAACCUGUCUACGAGUUCAAACAGCUCGAGAACGCAUCCACACCGUACCAGGCGACAGUAUACAUCGGAGGUAUGCAGUACGGUGUGGGGUACGGGUCCAGCAAGAGACAGGCCAAGUCUGCGGCCGCGCGCGCCUCCAUACACAUCCUUAUACCUGAGAUGCGCGAUCAAAUAGAGCCUGCGCCCACGCAGCAGGAGCCAGACUUCUCUUUCUUCGACUACGUGAGCAUCGAGGACCCGCGUAUAUCAGAGUUCUGUGCGGCGACGUGUGAGCCCUCCCCGCACGCCAUACUGCGCACUUGUCUGCUGAGGAACUUCGGCGCCGGAGACAGGCACAUACAUACUGAGAUGAAGAAGUUGGAGUACCAGAAGAUCGAGCUGACGAUGAAGGUGGGAAAGCACAGCGCUACUGUCAUCUGCAAGAACAAGAAGACGGCGAAGCAGCGAGCCUCGCAGUCCAUACUUCAGGCGUUACAUCCACACGUCCGUUCCUGGGGUUCUCUUCUCCGUCUCUACGGCUCUCGUUCAGUAAAGAGUUGCAAGGAGAAGAAAUUAGAAGAACAGCAGAUUACUCUGUUACAAGAUAAAGCGCGACAAAAUGAACCAAACUACGCCGUGUUGGAGAAACUGCGCAAUGAAAUGUUAAAACUAAGAGAAAGGGAUGAAGCUGUGGUACCUAUAGGUACCCUUCUACUUCCUGCAGACCUCCCCCCAUCAGCAUCCGACCUUAAUCAUGUCCAGUUGUAAGAACAGUAAUUCUGUAAGUUUUUUUACACUUUACUGGUUUACUUAUUUUACCCCCUACUUAUAGA